AUGUACUCCACAGACAACAGAAUAUGGCGCUACAAUGGCACCACUCUGGACAGUGACUACCCCAAGGUGCAGCGGAGGAAGUUUGCCGAGCUACCACGAGCAGCUUUAGCUAUGAAAGACCAUAAGGGAAGGACCAUGGUGUUUAUCUUUGGGAACCGGCUGAUGUGGCGCUGGAACUUCCGGUCAGAGCGCAUGUCAGGAAGGUACCACCUGAUCAAUACCUACUGGAAGGGCUUGCCCAGGACGCUGGACGCUGCUGUGGAGUGGAGUGACCAUUACAUUUACUUCUUCAGAAGAAAUAAGUAUUACAAGAUGAGCACAUACCACAAGGUGAAAAUGAAGAACUACCCAAGGUUCAAAGGUUCAGCUUGGCUUGGCGGUGUGUGUGGGACUACAUCAAAGUGAGCUGCAACUACUCCUCGCUUUCACUGGACGCAUCAUUCACACUGGGACAAUCUUGUCUUGUUUUAAAU